AUGCAGGUCCAGGUGCGACUCUGCAACUCUGCAACCAAGGUGCCCUUCUUGCCGGACGAUGGGCUCGACGCCCUGAAGUCGCGGGCUGCAGGGGCCUUCGGACUGAAGGCGCCCUUUGACAUCAUCGGCCCCGAAGGCACGCGCCUGGCCACCGACGCAGAUGCUGCACGUGCGUUGCUGAACGGCUCUGGUGAGCUGGCAAUCAGCACUGGUGAAGAUGCGCUGUUGGACCUCGAGCGAGCCCGAGAGGACCAGAUUGUCAACGCGGCAUAG